AGCAGGCCAGUUGCUUAGUUUCAUUGCUAUAUAUUUAAGCGUUUCCCUUCGAUUCAGUAUUCCUUCGACACCGACUGAUUUCAAGCUGAAAUUAAACAAAUAACAUUGGAAAUUAAUAAGACACGCACACAUACACACACACGCACACACACACGAGAUGAACAAGCCGAAUAAGCCCAUCAAGGUCAAGCGCGCCAAGCGGGGCGGAGGCGCCAGGAUUCAGCCGCAGGAAUUCGUGGAGGCGCAGGUGGAGAACGCGCGCAGGGCGGUGGAGCGCAAGCUGAUCUACCUGUCCGAGUCGAACAGAGCCAGUGCAUCCACUCGGGCGGCCAAGCGAAGCACGGCGGGCGCAGGCGGAGCAUCAGGGCGGGAAGGAUCGAGCAUGGCUGGUCAGCGUCGCAGGCGCAGCAAGAGGAAUCUGGUACAUGGUCUAGGCCAGGAAGAGCCCGACGAGGAGGAGAGUUCGCCGCUGGAGAAGACGUACAACUACGAAAACAGAAGACGCAGCAGUUGCAAUCUAUUGCUAUCACCUCGUCGCAAUGGCCUUACGCCCAGGAACUACGAGGCCGAGGCGGCGGAAUUGGAAGCCAUAAUGGCCGCCCAGCAAGCCUCCAGCGGAGCGACGAAGCCCGACCAAGCUGAAGGGGAUGGCGUGGAGUAUCAGGGCGGAGCGUUUGGCCGACUGCAGCUGAAGCCGCUGAGCAGCUAUGCCGCGGACCACCAGCUGCCCCGCUACUCGUGCGGCGUGUGCGGGGCCAAGUUCCACAUCCGGUCGCUGCUGGGCGCCCACCGGCACACCCACGACGACGACUUCAAGGUGCGCUUCCGGGGACGGCGACCGCGGCAGAGCUGCACCACCCUGACCACCGUCCAUCUGUGCAAGUACUGCGACCGCUCCUUCGACCUGGAGCGCACGCUGCACAUCCACCUGCUGAGCUACUGCAAGAAGAUACCGCCGCAGCAGCGCCGCAAGCUGGCCUUCACGGAACUGGCGCACGAGAAGAAGGCGCCGCUGCCCAACUUCCAGCGGGCGCAGCAGCCGGUUCAUCAGCAGGGAAACAGCGCCACCAACCAGCAGGAUCAGAUGACCCAGCAGGAGAAGCUCCACAAGAUUAUCAUGCGGGAGUCGGCGGUGCACGAGCGCUGGCGCUAGUCCUCCUCGUCGCCAAUCUCCACCAGAAACUGCAAGCAGAACCAACGUUUGCUUCCGAACACCAGGAGAAUCCAUAGAAAAGAAGGGAAAAUUGUCAAGUGUAGCGUACGCCACUCAACUGUCUUGCAGAUUUGCUUACUACGAUCAUCAAAAUUUGUAGAAUUGAAGGCAAAAUUAUUAGAAGUAGGCUAUUGAAUUGAGCACAGUGAUACGAUUAGGGGGAGACUCACCUGCUCUGAUGACCGAAGCACACACUGGCGUUGAAUAGUCACACUCCACAUACGACGGUCAAAUAAAGCUAAAUUGAGAGUCCCCAGCACGUUGAUGCAAGUGUAUUGAAAAUAAUAAAAUAUGUGAACUAAA